UGUCCUUAACAAAAGCAGAGGGACUAGCAAAGCGCAUCAUGGCAGUCCUUAUCUCCACACUGCAAUUGCUCUUCCUUGGGGCUCUGAUUGCCCCCGUCUAUUUGCAGGAUCCUUGUCAACUUAUCCAGAAUACCACUAAUCCUGGCUCUUACAAUCUGUCUGUGAACCCUGCUGUCUACAUGGCAAACACAAACUACAGUGUAACAGUUAGUGGAGUCGUGAACGGCAGCUUGGUUAUCCUGCAGGCCCUCAAUUCCCAGAACUCCUCUGUGGGCCAGUGGGAAGAUCCAGUUGUGAACUGCAACAACAGCCUAUCAGUAGGGCAGCAAAAUAUCAUCAACAAAGACACAGCCACAGUACAAUGGACAUCUCCAACCAGUGGGUCAGCCCCUGUGGAAAUAAGGGUUCUUGUGACUUUUUCCAAUAACUCUGUCCUUCCCCAGCUCCAGAAGACAACCCUGAAUACAGCAUCUACAGCCUCAUCUGGAUCAACGACAAAGACACCCACCACACCUGCCAGCACCACCAGUUCCGUCUCCACGGUGCAGGCCAGCUCCUUCCUCCUGGCAGCCGUCCACCUGCUGUCACUCUUUGUUACUGGCAAACUGUUCUCCUAAUGGGAAACAGCACCCCAGUCGAGCCACGCCCUUCCAUCUUUGCUUUCCUCCUGGAUGCAAGGGUGGAUGGCUGAUCUACUCAGGAAGUCUCUCUUCUACUGUUAUGUAUUUAAGAAUGAUGACUGCACUUUCUUUUACACCCUACUUGACCAGAGAGCUGACACCCAACCCCAUUGCCAGCAGCAGGAAACACAUGAAGAAAUUCUGGCACGUACUUGUCUCAAGAGUUUUCAUGAGCUGAAAUGUUCUGUAGCCAGUCAGGAUUUGAUGCAUUCAUAGAGUGUAGAACAGCGUCGGGUAGAGUAGUCUGACAAAGGUGACUGAACAAGGUAACACCAGGGGUUCCUUCCACCCUGAUCUCCUACAGGUCUAUGAAGCGGAGACUGCAUGUGUCUACCACCAGGAGCGCUAAGCUGCUUUCCACAGUAGGGCACUGCAGGUUGAUAACGGGCAUGGGGAAGGGUCUUCCACAGCUGUGCUGCUGCAUUCCAUUUGCUGUGCACACUGGGAACGGAGACAGUGUCUUUCGGAGCCAGUAGCUCCUGUAUGUGACUCAUCGACAGUCGCUUACAGGGCCCUGACUGGGAUGGGGCAUUGUAAAUCAGUCGAACUUGCAGAGAAUGGUGAAGGGCGGGGCAGACUUGCACACACUUCAGACUGAUUAAAGCCUGAAUGGGAUCCAAAUUUAAAUGAUGAUGAAAGAAGUAAAUGCACCCUGUUUUUCAGGCUAACCUGCCAUGUGGAGGCAAGUCCCUUCCGUAAAUCAAGCUAGAACCCCUGCUCGCAGGGCCUUCUCCAUGAAGGCCCCCUGACUGGAAUUCACUGCCAGUUUCAAUUCUUGGUCCAAGAUAACCUGUUGUACUUCAGGGCACCCUGCAAUCCCCCCCCCCCCCUUGAUUUUUCUCUGGUGUUUUGGGGCAGGACCCUGAGAUGAAGGAAGGGUUAGGUCUCUGAAAUGAGUAGGGAAUUUUUUUCAUAGACAGCAGAUGAUUUUUCACUGCCAUGUUGGCUGGAAUGUGCCAUUGAAUUUGUUGAUCCGUUUUCUUGUUUAGAUUUUGGGGGGGUUUUGUAUGGAGUGUGUUCGUUCAGAAAUUGUUAAAUGGCCGGAGAGAAGUAGAUUUUCUUACACAAAUCUCAAUAAAUGAAUGAAUAAAAUUCUUCAGAUGGUG